CACCGCACGGCAUUCAUCAGCAUCUAGUCGCUUCAGAGGGAGAGAGAGAGAGAGAGAGAGAGAGAGAAGAGAAGGCGAGACAGAGGGUUUGUUGAGCGAGCAAGCGAAAAUGACAGAUUCAUCAUCUCAAUCAUUCUUCAGGAGGCACUGGGAAGGGUAUAAAGAGUUCUGGAGCGAGAGGUUUUCGUUCCUGGACAACUAUUCGAGAUUCGUCAAGCGCGACAAUCUCCUCCCCUCUUGGUCAGAUGCCGACGUCCAGGAGUUUAUCGCUUCCGAUCCCGUCCACGGCCCCACGCUGAGAACAGCUCGUGAAGCUGCAAAAUACGGUUCUGCUGGUGCUGUUAUCGGAGCAGUUUCAACUGCAGCUGUUGCUUGGAAAUAUUCGAGGAGUCUGCAUGGUGCCGCACUGUCCUUUGGUGCAGGAGCUGUGUUUGGUUGGACAUUUGGACAGGAAGUAGCAAAUCAUGCGCUGCAACUCUACAGGUUGGAUACCAUGUCUGCACAGGUUAAGUUCUUGGACUGGUGGGAAAAGAAAUGCGCUGAGCGGGCUUAGGUCGUUAAGAAUGAUGGUGAAUGGAACUUUGUCUGGUCUGAAUAAAGUUAAAUUGCUUGCCUGCUUGCUGAAUUAGCAAUUGCAGUGUUGGGUGAGCUGGUUUUAGCUUUUGUAUUUUGUGUGCCCCAGUGGAUUGUUUUGAAAUGGGCUAAACUGCUUGUUAAUCUCAGCUUUAGACGCCCUUCAUCAACCUUCCUUGAACCAUUUUCUUCUUGAGGUAAACCUACUUUUUGUGUUCAUCGUA